AUGGGAAGGCUCUUCGGUAUUAUUAAGGAAGUCAGGUUUCUCCGAACAUUAAAACAUCCCAACAUUGUAGAAUACAAAGGCUGCUAUUUACGUGAGCACAGAGCAUGGCUUGUAAUGGAGUAUUGUUUAGGAUCUGCUUCAGAUUUGCUGAAAGUUUACCAAAAGCCAUUACAAGAAAUGGAAAUAGCAGUAAUUAUACAUGGUGCUCUUCAGGGAUUAGCCUACUUACAUUCCCGUGCCAUGAUCCAUAGAGACAUCAAAGGAGGAAAUAUCCUUCUGACACCAGGAGGCCAGGCGAAACUUGCUGACUUUGGAUUUGCUUCCAUGGCCUCUUCUGCCAAGUCUUUUGUGGGAACUCCGCAUUGGAUGGCCCCAGAAAUAAUUUUAGGCAGGAAUGAACAACAAUAUGAUAACAAAGUCGAUGUAUGGUCUCUUGGAAUAACAUGCAUUGAACUAGCGGAAAGGGAGCCUCCUUUAUUUAAUCUGAAUGCAAGGCGUGCCUUAUAUCACAUUACCAGAAAUAACCCCCCUACACUACAGUCUAAUGAAUGGACCAGGAGUCAAAUCCGUAGGGUUAACAUUCUCCCAGAUUCCCCAGAUAACAAGAGUGAGCUACACGUGAUGGAGGGAAUCCACACACUCAUGUCUAAUAAUUCUGCCAUCCGUCCAGAAUCUGUUACAAGGGAAAUGCCAGAACAUGAGCUCAGAAAACUUGAGCAUCAGAAACAGCUGAUGACUCUGGAAGAUAAGCUGAAGGCUGAGAUGGAUAAGCAUCGUCUCAGGUUAGAGAAAGAUCUUGAAAUGCAGCGUAACAACUUUGCUGCAAAAAUGAAGAAACUGAUCAAGAAACAUCAGGCUGCUGUGGAAAAAGAGAACACCCCAAGAAAAGAAAAACAGGAAUGGCUUUCAAAGCAGAAACAGAACAUUCAGCAUUUCCAAGAAGAGGAGAAGACCAAUCUUCUUCAGCAUCAGAAAUGGUACCUAGAGCUGCAAUGCCGUCGCUUCAAAAGAAAGUUGUUACUUGGGUGCCAUAACUUGGAACAGGACCUUCUCAGGGAGGAAUUAAAUAAAAGGCAGGCUCAAAAGGACUUAGAGCACGCAAUGCUACUGCGACAGCAUGAAUCCACGCAAGAACUGGAGUUCCGCCACCUCAACACAGUGCAGAAGAUGCGCUGUGAGUUGAUGAGGCUGCAGCAUCAAGCCGAGCUCACUGACCAGCUGGAGCGUAAUAAACGGAGAGAGCGAGAACUAAGGCGGACGCAUGUCAUGCAGGUUCGACAGCAGCCUGAGAGUCUGAAGCCGCAUUUGGAUGAAGCACAGGAGGCAGAGCGCCAGGCUUUGAAAACGCAGCUGCAGCAGGAACUGGAGCUGUUGACUGAACUUCAGAGCAAGAUCAAAAUGCAGGCUGAGGCACAACACGCUCAAGAGCUUCGGGAGCUGAAACGGAGGGUCUCCCUCCGCAAGACACUCUUAAAACAACAGAUGGAAAAAGAGAUAUCGACAUUUCAGAAUGAGUGCAGUGAAAGAAUACGAAGCCUGCUGGAGCGGCGAACAAGAGAGAUGAAAGCUUUCAAAUCUGAAAGCGAGGGACUAGGUUUUAGAAAUGACCUUUCUAACCUUGCCCCUGAGGCAUUCAGCCACAGCUCCCCUGGAGCUCCUCACAGGCGGCAUCCCAUAGAUGGCCUACCACAAGCCUGGGGCCAUCCAAUACAAGGAUUUGUGAUCCCUAACCUGGCUGUGAUCACUGUGAUGGAGAAAGAACAAAAACUAUUGGUCUCAGAUUCUAAUGGCUUCAUGGAAAGGGAGAAUUUGAAAAGCCCUUUUACAGUAAAUGAAAGGAAGGAUAAUUUGGAAACCAUUCAACACAAUAACUGUAAAGGAGAUCAACUUAAAGAGGUGAUGAUUCCUAUGAGAACAAUGGCAACCCACAGAAUCAAGGAAAUUCAACAGGAAAAGAGAAGGAGAAACCCAGUCACUGGGGAUGGAAUCCAGAACACUGCAUUGCCUCUGUCCAGCAGAACUCAUCUUUCAGAGACAAACCCUACAAAUGUUCCAAAUGUUGGAAAAGUUUCAAUAAUAGUUCUCACUUGCAUACACACCAGAGGACCUACUCAGAAAAACCUUAUAAAUGCUCUGAGUGUGGGAAAUGCUUUAGUAACAGCUCUCACCUGAUUCAGCAUCUGAGAACACACACAGGAGAAAAGCCCUACCAGUGUGGAGAAUGUGGGAAAAGCUUCAGCAAUACCUCACAUCUUAUUAUUCAUGAAAGAACUCACACAGGAGAGAAACCCUAUAAGUGUCCUGAGUAGUAUGGGAAGAGUUUCAGUAGCAGCUCUCACCUCAUUCAGCAUCAUAGGUCACAUACAGGUGAAAAACCAUAUGAAUGUCCUGUUUGUGGGAAACGCUUCAGCCAUAGUUAUGUCCUAAUAGAACAUCAGAGGAUUCACACUGGAGAAAAGCCUUAUAAGUGCCCCAACUGUGGGAAAAGCUUUAGUCAGAGUUCCAGCCUGAUUUGCCACCAGCGGACACACACAGGUGAGAAGCCCUACAGAUGUCUUGGUGGAAAAAGCUUUGCUUGUAAUUCUACUCUAAUAAAGCAUGAGAGAAUACAUACAGGAGAAAAACCCCAUCAAUGUACAGAAUGCAGGAAGAAAUUCAGUCGAAGUUCAAGCCUUAUUACACACCAAAAAUGCAUAUAGGAGAAAAACCCUAUGAAAGUUCUGAAUUUGAAGAAAGUUUGAGUCCAAAUGGCAGUAUGAUAGGAGAAUGCAGAAUCCAACCAGGAGAGAAGCUAUAUAAAUGUUGUGAAUGUGGAAAGAGCUUUGGCCUCAGCUCCCAUCUCAUUAGACAGAGAACACGUACAGGAGAAAAACCUUACAGAUGUUCUGAGUGUUGGAAAACUUUUAGUCAGAGUUCCACAUUGGUGAUUCACCAAAGGACUCACACAGGAGAGAAACCUUAUAAAUGUCCUGAUUGUGGUGAAUGCUUCAAUCAAAGCUUUAACCUUAUCAGGCACCGGAGGACCCACCUAGGAGAAAAACCUUACAAAUGUACUGACUGUGAGAAAUGUUUCAGCAGAAGUGCCUACCUCAGCAUUGGGAAAUUCACAUAGAAAAGCUUUUUGAGUCUCCUGAAGUUGAAGAUUUUCCUCAUAAAUGGACUUGGAAAAACUGUUUAGGGGGAAUGGCCCUCAUUUCUUCAUUUUCAGUUCCCGAUUUUUCUU